UUUGGUGGCCAGGCUUCUCAGUGCGCACAGAUCUCUCGUCGGCUGCACUGUCCGACCAUCUCUCCGCUCUGCAGGAUGAGUUCAUUCAGUACAAGGGCUUUGACGCUGCUCUCGUCGGUUUUCGGGGCCUGUGGUUUGCUCUUGGUGGGAGUUGCUGUGUCAACAGACUACUGGCUGUUGAUGGAGGAGGGAAUUGUCCUACAGCAGAACCAGACCACCGAGGUCAAGAUGGCGCUGCACUCUGGCCUCUGGAGGGUCUGCUUUGUGGCAGGACCAGAGAAGGGCAGAUGUGUGGCAGCAGAGUAUUUCACCGAGCCAGAGAUAGAGAUCACAACAGAAAAUACCGCCAACAUACUCAAAAUGGUCCGAACUGCCACUCCCUUCCCGAUGGUGUCACUGCUCUUUGUCUUCACUGCUUUCGUCAUCAGCAACAUUGGACACAUUCGGCCGCAGCGCACCAUCCUCGCCUUUGUUUCUGGAAUAUUCUUCAUACUGUCAGGUCUCAGUCUGGUCGUUGGUCUGGUCUUGUAUAUCUCCAGUAUUAAUGACGAGGUGAUGAACCGACCCAGAGAGCCAGAGCAGUUCUUCCACUACCGCUACGGCUGGUCCUUUGCCUUUGCUGCCUCCUCCUUCCUUCUUAAAGAGGGUGCAGGAGUAAUGUCCGUUUACCUCUUCAUGAAGCGUUAUGCUGAGGAGGAGCUAUACAGGCCUCAUCCCGCCCUCUACCGCCCCCGCAUGUCCGACUGCAGCGACUACAGCGGUCAGUUCCUCCAUCCAGACUCCUGGCCUCCACCACAGCGUGGCCGCAGCGCCUCGGAAGUCUCCUCUGACAUCUCCAUCCAGCUCAACCAGACCCCGCCUCCGCAGCAGCCACCCAAGGGGGGCAGCAGCUCCCAGCCGACACCUUCUUCUUCUGGGCCUUCAUCAGCAGCCAGCUAUCAGCUCCAGCCGGCUUCCUCCUCCUCCACCUCCUCCUCUUACCCACACCCCCUCCACCUAGCUGCCACCUCCACCCUACCCAGAGCAUCCCAUGCUCAUGCCCACGCCCACCCUCAGCCGCACCCCCACCCGAGCGGGCCCCCGCCCCAGUCCCUGCCCAUGGCGGCGCCACCUUCAGCCGUGCCUCCUCCCCGCUAUCACACUCACAUGCGAAUGAGCGCCUCGCCAUGCUAGGCUACAUAUGCAGGGAAGGGGAGGGAAAACACAACUGGGGGGAUUAGAUUGGCUCAGUUACAGCUCUUACACACCACAAGACAACACACACACAAACAAAAAUCUUGUAUCCUCAAAGUGUGGGAGGAGGGAUGCAGCAGAGUGGAUGAAGGGGGGAGGUUUAAGGAGAUCAAAAAGAGGGGAGAGGAGAAGUGGAAAAGAGGGGAGGAGAGGCAGGUGGGUGGAGGGAUGACUCACUGCUGAUGCCGAGCCCAAGAUGAAGAGAGACACUUAACAAAACUUUUAACACUCUGGGUGGGAUAAUGGGAGGGGAGGAGUGAGGGAUACGAUGAUUAGUAGCAAGACGUUUGUGGGGUUUCUGACGGGUACAUUUCUCACCAGGGCCGUGAUACACUGGCAACAGUGAGAAGCAGCACAGGAAACAGGAAGCUGAAUCAUUUCCAAAACACUGUCUGUACACAAAAAGAACAAAUAAGUGAAAGAAUAUAUAUCUGGCUGUAAAUGUCCUUUCACCAUACAAGGACUAUGGUGACCUGCUUUUCCUUGAAAAGACUUAGAUUAUUAAUAAAUAAAUACAUCCAUCAUCUCUAUGUAAUUCCGUGAA